UGAGUGGAUGAUGAGUUUAAAAUUACAGGAAAAUAUGCAGCCGACUGUUAAAAGGGAAGUGCAAUCACCUCUGAGUCUGGAGUAAGUUCCCAGUACUUUAACGUGGAGGGCAAAUGCAAGUUUUUCUUCAUUGGCUGUAGGUUCUGUGGUUUAAGUAGAGAGGAUUCAGAUCAGAGAUUUUUUUUCAGUUUAAAGCAACUUGAUUUCAGCAUUGAAACUGGCAACCCAAAUAAAAUUUUCACGUGAGGCCCAUUCUCUCCAAGAGAAUAAUACUCUUCAGAAUCAGAUAUAAUAGACAUAAAAAAAACUUGGUCAUCAUGUUUAAUGUCCAAGAAAAAAAAAACAAUUAUAAUUCUGAUUUAUUUUGAUAUCAGUAAAAUCAGUAAUUGAUUUUUACUUUUUUUCUGGGGACACAAUAGUUCAUGUUUAUAAAACUUAAAAUCAAAAUUUUACAUGUGGUUCCAUGGAGUAUUAAAUAAAAUAUAUUUAUUUACAAAUUGAAUAUAUAAUGUUAAGCUAUAAUAAACCAACAUACAAGUUUAUUGAAAAUAAUAACCAAAGAGGGAUGAGGAAGGGCAGAAUUUAUGAUAAUUUUAUUAUUCACUCGAGAAUCCUGUUUCUGUUUACCACAUAAAUAAUAUUUAAUAAAUAACUCAAUCGGUGAUAACUGUAAAAUAGAGCCCAUUAUUAAUAAGCCUUCUUGAUUUUCUAAAUAGCUGUGUGAUCUACUAAAAUUACACAAAAAAGGUGUAGGCCUAUCUCACCAAAAUAACAAUCAAUUUGAAAAGUGUUCAAAUAUCUUAUAUGGUUUCUCCAACACUAACACUCCUGGAUAAUGUUACUCACCAUGAAUCAUUUAAUCAAAAGCCUCACUCACAUCAGUCAUCAGUUUAUCUCGAUUUAUAUUAUGAAUCAAAUUCCCAUCCUUUCAGUUUCCUAUUGUUACAAAAGCUUUGGUCAAGAUCUAGAGAGAGAGAGAGGGGAGGUCCAUGUGAUGUGGGAGUGACCGAAAGCCACUAUAAACUGUCCAUGGAUGCACAAGAGGACAGGUGCUUCUCCCCUGUCUGAAUCUCUACAUUACAAGAUGAAACGCAUGGACACCACUCAUUAAGCGGCUUCAAGUUUUAACACCACACAGGUAACUUUGCCAACAAAAUCCAUGUAUUAUUAUGACUGUAAAGUAUGUAAAAGUAUUAUUGUUUGGAUUUAUCCUAUUCUAUAAACAGGGUGGACAGAACUGUUAGCCUCAGCGUUUUUCAAAUGCAAUUUCAACUCUGGUCAUUUUUUCUUGGUAUAUGUCUCCUCCUGCAGUUACUGUGAUGAUGGAGAAAGCUGUUUUGCUGGUGCUCUUCUGUCUUUUUGUGACUCUAUCAGGCUCACCUCUUUAUCCAUCUAUUAGGUUUGGCCAAAGAGAUACUUCAAUCCUUAUGACCUCAUCUCUAGAAAGCCCAGCUCAGCUAAAAGACGACAGCACGCAGACUGAGCGAGCAGAGAUACGAUUAGGACGCCAUGCAGAUGCCAUCUUCACAAACGGUUAUAGGAAAGUACUUGGUCAAGUCUCUGCAAGAAAGUUCCUCCAAACGAUAAUGGGCAAGCGAUUAGGGGAGGAGGUGGAGGGGUACAUGAAGCGUCAAUCUAACAUCUAUAAGGGGACAUACAAAGAGGAUCUCACGUCCAUUCAGAGCAACCACAGAUUCACAGGGCUCCAGGAUGAUGGACUAUUGAGACCUAGGUUAGCAUCUACCUCAGCUGUUUCUGCUAUAUUUAACACAAAGUAAAUCUUUCCUCUUUUCACAGACUGCGGAUUUGAGAAUGACAAGGUCUGCAAAUACAUAACAUCAAACCCAAAUGCCAAUUUAUCAUGAAUUAUUUUCAGUUCAAUUGCUAAUAAAAGGUAUAAAUAUAA